AUGGGGGGCGAUAUUAGUAAAAACAGAAAGAGAGAAAGACCGCCUGCUCAGCGUCGAUUCAGUCAUGGGUUCCUGUCAAAUGUGGGGGUCUCCAUCACUCACAGACUUGGACACUCAGCUGUGUUUUCUCGGUCUGUUGGACCCGACAGCAGACCGCCCAUCCCCAUACUCCUUCUGCCUCCAGAGGACACAGAGACAACUCUUCCAGCUUUCAUCUCUGCCUUUCUGCCCGAGUUCCCACAGCGUAAACUUCCUGAUCGAGAACAUUUCCAGAUCCUUGGCUUCAUUGCCAAAGGCUCAUAUGGACCCAUCCUGAAAGUGAAGGACAUUUUCAAGGAGAAAACCUAUGCUGUGAAGGUUUUGCCAAAGUCAGAGAUCUUGAAGCAUGGAGCGCUGGAGCAGUCAAAAGAAGAAGUCGUCAUUCAGCGGCAGCUCAAACACCCAUUCAUCCACAAUCUGCAGGACUGCUGGCAGACACAGCGUCAUCUCUUCAUUAUGUGCGACUACUGCAGCACCGGAGACCUGUACACUUACUGGUUACUGAAGGGCCGCUUUGGGGAGGAUGAGGUCCGGCUCUUCGCUGCAGAGCUCGGCAGUGCGCUCGGCUUUCUGCAUGACUUGGGGAUCAUGCAUAGAGAUGUAAAGAUGGAGAACAUCCUUUUAAGUGAUCAAGGUCACCUUCGUCUGUCUGAUUUUGGACUCUCACGGCGGCUGAAACGAGGGGGAAGAGCAUUUACCAUAUGUGGGACGAUCCUAUACAUGGCUCCUGAAGUUUUAAGUGGAGGUCCAUACAAUCACGCUGCUGACUGGUGGUCCCUUGGCAUCAUGUUGUUCUCACUGGUGACAGGAGAGUUUCCAGUACCUGCAGAGCAGGACCACACCUCUAUGUUGAACAAGGUUAAAGAUUUUCCGUAUGUCCUACCUGACACCUUCAGCUCUGCUCUGAUCUUACUGCUCACUGAGCUUCUGUGCAAGAACCCAGUGAACCGGCUUCGUAACCUGGAGUGUUUCAAGAUGCAGACUCUCUUUCGUGGGACUUCAUUCGAUCCGCUCAUCCUUCAAAAGACGCCCGUUGAGGUCAUCCUGGAGCUCAGGACUCACCCUGACUGGACAGCCAAAUCAAUGAGAGGCCUUUCAUUGGAUGAUUUUGAUAGCUUUGACUGUGAUAAAAUCCUUCAUUCUCCAACAACUCCCACUUAA